AUGAGUGAAGAUCAGCCAGAAUCAAAUAGAUAGUCUGUAAAACAACUGGCAGGAAAGUUUUAAUCAAUGAUUAAAACUACUACUCCUUUAUAAUAAUAACCACCUCCUUAAAGAAAAAGUGAAGUCUUUACUAGAAGUUCAAUGUCAAGAGAAGAAACGAAUAAAAUAUAAUAAUUAGUAGGUUAGGUUCAAUAAGAAAUAAAAUAAGAGCAAUAAGUUGCUUAAUCUCUCAUUCAAUAGAAAGAUGAAAUUAAUACAUAAUCAAUAUAAACCAAUAAAUCUGAUAAUUUUAUAGGGGAUUCUUAAUUUCAAUAAUCAUCAUAAACUUAGCAAUAAAAAAAUUAAAAUCUUGAAUAAGAUGAAGGGUAAUUAUUAUUGUUAAUUUAAAAGGAACUCCAAAUUCUAAAAUAAUAAAUUUAGAUUUGAAAAGGAAGAAUUAAAGAAUUAAAUAGAGUAUUUUAUUCAUAUUAAAUAGAAAGUUGAAAGCAAGAAUUUAAAGGUAUGAAAAUGAUGAAAAAUAACACAUUCAUAGUGAAAUGAGAAAAUAAGAAUUAGAAUAAAAUCUAUAAUUGAAAUAAUAAGAAUGUUUACAAUUAUAAUAAAAGUAAUUAAAAAUUAAAUUAGAUAGGUUGGGAACAGCAGAGGAAUAAUUUAGAAAAAAAUAGCAAGUAAUAUUAGAUGAAUUAUAAAAAACUAUUGAUUCUAUGACAAAAGAAAAUUAAUAAAAAGAUUCAAAGAUUUAAGAUCUUUAAGAAAAUUUAUAAAUGUUAUCAGAAUAAAUUAAAGAAAAAGAAUUAAAAAUAAGAGAAGUUUAGGAAGCAGAAUAAAAAGAAAUUAGUGAUAUUGCAAAAGAAAGAAUUAAAUUAAUUGGUGAACUUCAUAAAUGUUAAGCUGAAUUAUAAGAAUUAUAAAAAAUUAAUGCUUAAUAAUUUUCAUAAAUUUAAUAAUUAACUAAUAAAGCUACUCAAAUUUAAAACUUAUCAAAAUUAGAAAUUGAUAAAUUAAAAUAAUUAAAUUAAGAAUAAUAAGAUAAACUAUAAGAAAAUCAAAUAAAUAUAGAUUUAAUGAAUAAAAAAAUAAAUGAAUUGACUGAAUUAAAUGAUCAACUCAAUUAAUAAUGUGAUUAAUUAUUUAAAAAUAAAGAAUAAUUAGAAAAAGAAUUAGCAUAAAGUAAAAGAGAUGUUGAAAUUGAACUUAAAUAAAAUUAAGAAUUUAUUCAUUAACUUUAAUAUUAAAUACAAAAUUAAAAAAAUGAAUAAUUAUAAUUGGAAUCAAAAUUUCAAAAUGAACAAUAUGAACUAAAUUAAGAAUUGAACAAUUUAAAUGAAUAAUUAUAAUUACUUUAGAAUUAAAAUCAAUAAUUAUAAGAAGAUAAUUAAAUUUUAAAUAAAGAGUAUACAGCUUAUAAAAAUGAAAAAGAUUAAGAAAUUAUAUAGUUAAAUUAACUAAAUAACUAAUUAAAUAAUGAUUUAGAUUAAGCUAGAUAAUAAUUUAAUUUAAGUUAAUAAGAAAUAGAAUAAAAAUAUAGUGAUUUAAUUCAAAAUCUUAAUUCUAAUAUUACAUAAUUAGAAGAUUAAAAAUAAUCCUUAUUAAAAAAAGCAAAUGAAGAGAAAUUAUAAUUGUAAAAAAUAAUUACAAAUCAUUAAUAGGAAUUAUCUUAAGAAAAGGAAUUAAAUAAAUAAAUUGAAAUAAAAUUCACAAAUGAAAUAACUCAACAUAAAGAUGAUUUAUUGUAAAAAUAAAUCUUAAUUUAAUAACUUAAUGAUAAAAUAUAUAUUUUAUAAGAACAUUCCAAAUCAUAAGAAACAAAUAUUUCAAAAAAUAUUGAUGACUAUAAAAUCUUAUUAGAUUAAAAUAAUCAAUAAAUUACUUAAUUAUCAGAAUAAAUUAGAUAAUUAAAAAAAUAAUAAAAGUAAUAAGAAUAAGAUUCAAGAACAACAAUCUCAUAGUAUGAAUUGCAAAUGAAAUAAUAUUUAUAAGAAUUAACUUAGACUAAAAUGUAAAAAAAUGAUGCUGAAAGUGAAAAAUAAAGUAAAGAAGCAUAAUUAACUUAAGUAAUUGAAAAAUAAAAAUCAUAAUUAUCAUAAGCAAAUACUACAAUUUAAGAUUUAAAUUACUAAAUAUAAUAAUUAUAAUAAAAUAUAAAAGAUCAAGAUGAAUAACGUUUAAGUAUUAUGUCAUCAAAAUAGUCAGCAAUUUUUGAAAAAGAAAAUUAAAUAACAAAUUUGGAUAGUUAAGUAUAGAAAUUCUAGAAUGAAAUAUCAAGUAAAUAAGAAGUUAUUUCUGAAUUAUAAAGAUAAUUAGAUAAAUAAAAGUAAGAAGUUACUUCUUUAAUUUUGGAAAGGGAAAGAAUACAGAAAAACAGCAAUUAAUAAGUUUAUGAAUUGCAAACACAAGUAAAAGAUUUAAAUUAUGAGUUAAAUUAAAUGAAGAAUUCAAUGAUUUAAGUUGAAAAUGAAAAAAAUAUAAACAAAGAAGAAUACAAUUAAGCUACAGAAUAAUUAAAAGAGUAAAUUAAUAGAUAAAGUACUAUGAUAGCAGAACUUUAAGAAUUUCUUAAAGACAGCAAUUAAAAAGAAUUAGCAAGUACUUAAAAAGCUACAUAAUAAGGUCUUGAAAUUAAUUAAUUAUAAUUAGAAUUAGCAAAAUUAAAAAAUGAAUUAACACUUUAAUAGUAAAAUAAUUAAGUUCAAAUUGAAGAUUUAUAAUUAAAAUAUUAAUAAUAAAAAUUAAAAGAUUAAGAUGAAUAAAAUUAAACAUCAUUAAUAAAUGUAUAAAAAAUAUAAAAUCUAGAAUUAGAGUUAGAUGAAUUAUAAAAUGAGAAUUAAAAAUUAAAAGAUUAAAUUGAAUUAUUAAAUUAAAGCAUUAAUCAAUUAAAAGAUGAAUAUAUUAAUUAAAACAAUUUAGUUUAAUAAACAAACACAAAUUAUUAAAAAAUGUAAAAUGAAAUAAAUGAGAAAUCUCAUAAAAUUGAAGAAUUAGAAUUAUAAAAUGAAAACUCUAAAUCUUAGAUUGAUUAAUUAAAUUAGACUAUGUUAGGUUAAUUAGAAAUGAUUUAAAUAUAGAAAAAUAAUAUUUAAGAUUCUUAAAUUAGGUAUAAUUAAAUAUUACUUGAAAAUUAAGAAAUUCAAGUGAAAUUGGAAAAUCAAUUAUUAAAAGAAAAUUCUUAUUUUAAAUAAAUAGAAGACCUUAAGAUCUCUUUUGAAUAAUUGGAGUAGGUAAAUUUAUAAUAGAAUGAUGAAAUCUAAAAGUUACAAAAUUAAUUAGAUAUAGAAAACAAAAAGAGAGAAAACAUUGAACAAGAAUAUAAAUUAGUAACUGAAGAAUUUAAUGAUUAUAAAGAAUAAGCAGAAAAAUCUAUUAAUGAAUUAUAGAAUACACUUAUAAGUUGUAAAAAUGAAUCAAAAUAACAUAUAAAUAACACAUUAUUAUAAUAAAAAUAAAAAUCAGAACUUGAUUAGAAAUUAGCAAAAUUAUAAUAGUAACUUUAAGUUGAAAAAUAAUAAUUUGAAAUUGAUCUUCAUUAGAUGUAAGAGAAUUUUAAUUAAAAAACAAAAGAUUUAUAAUUAUUAUUAAAUCAAAAGAUUGAAGAAAUUAAAAUAUAACAAUAAUAAUUAAAAAAAUAAGAAAAAAUUGAGAAUAUGAUUUUUGAAUUAACUGUCUAAAAAGAUUAAUUUAUUUAAUAAAUAGAUAUUUCUGAAAAAAAACUUAAAGAUAAAAUUUAAGAGAAUUAAAAACUUAAUCAAACAUUAGAGAAAUAAUAAGAAAUCCAUUAAGAAUAAUUGGCUUAAUUAUCAAAUGAAAAACUCAAAUUGUAAUCAGAAAUUAAAUAAUUAACAAAUUAAAAUUAAUAGUAUUUAAAUCAAAUAUAAAAAUAUUAAGAAUAUAUAUAAUAAUAAUAAAAAGAUUUAGAAAAGAAUUAAUUCUUAAACAGAACUGCAGUUUUAAAUGAUAAUUAAGGUUUGAUUUUAGAAUAAGAAUUGACAAAUCUUUAAAAAAAAGUAAUUAUUUUUUAUCUAUAUUAUAGCUUGUGUAAAAAUUGAAUUUUUAUAAAGAUUUACUAUCAGAUAGAAAAAAUACAGAUCUAAAGCAAACUGUAAAUGAAGAUUUAAUAACUAUAAAGAAAGAUUACAUAAUUGCAUUUGAAAAAGUUGGAGUUGUUGUUAGAGGGAUAGAUGAAUUGGAAAAGAUUUCAGGAUCAAAGAAUGCGUAUUAAAUUAUAUUAUUUUAGUAAUGAACUGAAUAAGCUUAAUAGAAUUUUAAGAGAUUUUAUAUAAAAGUUUGCAAAUUCAGUAUAAUGA